AAAUUCUCAUAUGUGAAGCAUGUCUAGACCAACAACUCAUAAAUUAUUAAUAUAUUCUGCUAAACAAAUUGUACAAAUAUCAAAAAAUGGUGAAGAAGUAUUAAAGGGGAUAAAACAAGACCAACCUAUUAUUUUAAAUGAAAAAUUUGGCGAUAAUGGGGAAACGAUUGGUUUAUCAAUUGUGAUAGAUAUGACAGGAAGGAUCGAGGCCGUUGAUUUCGAUGACCAAAUCAAAUGCCAAUUUAGGUUCGCCAUUUUUGAGCAAAGUUUAUGCGCCAAGGGUUUGGUCAUCUUACCAGGAUUAAUAGACGCUCAUACGCAUCCCAUAUGGGCUGGAGAUCGAGUCGAGGAAUUUGCUAUGAAGCAAAAAGGCGCUACAUACAAUGAAAUAACUUUAAGCGGUGGCGGGAUAUACAAAACGGUAAGGGAGACAGACCUCGCUUCCGAUGAAAAAUUGUACAACCUGCUCAAAAACAGAUUGUAUCAUAUGAUGAAAUCCGGCACUACCCUAGUUGAAUGCAAAAGCGGAUAUGGGUUAGGAUUGGAGCAAGAAAUGAGACUUUUGACUAUACUUAAACGAGCCAACGACGAAUUGCCUCUCACACUUUCCAUCACCUAUCUAGGAGCUCACGCCGUACCAAGUAACACCAACGUUACGACUUUUGCCCAAGAAAUAGCGGACUCCCAUAUACCAUUUCUGUUAGACGCUUACCUAGAAAAUAAAAUAUCUCUUCAAAAUGUGGACGUUUUUUGCGAAACGGGCUAUUUCGAUGUCGAAAAUUCGUUCAAAAUCCUGAAAGCUGCUAGAAGGGCCGGGUUCAAUAUUAACGUUCAUGGGGAUGAAUUGACGCCUAUUGGAUCUUAUAAAUUAGUGGAUAUGCUAAGACGAGACGCUCACAGUUGUAACGUAUAUUCGGUGGACCAACGUUACUAUUCCAUUUCUCAUUUGGAGGAGCUCAGCCAAGAAGGUAUAGAAGUUCUAGCUAAAGAUUGCAAGUUCGUGGCCGUUCUUUUACCCUUAACUAAAUUUAUAUUGGGAAUAACGGAUAAAAAUAAGCCACCUGCUAGACAGUUGAUUCAAAACGAUGUGCCCGUUGCAUUAGGCACGGAUUUUAAUCCUUCAUCCCAUUGUUAUUCAAUGCCUAUAGCUAUGUACACGGCGGUCGUAACGAUGGGUAUGACGCUAGAAGAAUCAUUAGUCGCUUCCACCUUAAACGCGGCAGCUUCCUUGAAUAUGUCGCAAGAUUAUGGUUCCCUAGAAAGGGAUAAAAUGGGAGAUUUACUCGUACUAGAUUGUUCGGAUUGGAAACAUCUGAUAUAUCAAUUGGGUAAUCACGAUCAGCUGAUUAAUUACGUCAUAAAACGGGGUUCGAUAAUUUAUGGAAGGGCUCCUUUUCGAUAUUCAAAAGGAGAACCGCAAACCGGUGAAAUGAUAUUUGCUCAAAAGAGAGAAAAAUCGCUUCCAAUCUUAACAAAGGAAGAAAAUUGGUUGUUGUUGUGAUUUGUUUUUAUCCUUUUUUUAUCCCAUUCUUUUAAUAGAAAAUUAUGUCAAUAUUUAGCACACUUAAGAUCUUUGAUAUCUUAUAUAAUAUAAACUGCUUCAAAAUUUUUGAGGAAUUAUUUCUAAAUUAUAUAUAUAUUAAUUUUAUUAUAACAUUCAUCCCAUUUAUUAAAACGAAUUUUAGUCUUCACCUAUCAAGAAAAUAUUUUUUUCUAAUUGACGCUCUAAUCAACUGAAGUGAUAUUUAGUAUUAAUAUUUAAUAUAUCAAAAUUAUAUUUAUAAAAAUUUAUUUUAGAAUUAUAUUUUAAGAUUUAUGCAAUCUUCAUAACAAAUUAUUACUUAUAUUUAAAAAAAAUUAUGCUAUUUAUUAUAAAAA